UUAUGUUCUACCUGAUACAACUCGCCAUGAUUAUGAUGGCAAAUCUAAGUAAAAAUCUAUAUUUCUUCAGACCGGUCUAAUUCUGAUUGACAUUCUCUAUUACUCUGGCUGUGUUGUAGAUAUAUUCAUGCAUGUAGGUGUUUCAGGAUUCUUAAUAUUUCUUAGCUUUUAUCUUUAGAAGCUCUGCAUCUGGGUUUGCCAUGGAAGAUGAAGAAAAAAGGGAGCUUUUUAAACCAUGCAGGAUGUGCUAUCAGAAAUGUUUUAGAAUUCAUGGUAAAUACCAUGAGAAAUAGUGCUUUGAUGGGUGUGUUUCCUUCUUCAAAGUUAUGCUUGGAGCCUUUACAGAAAGACUGAGCAUUCCGCCUGCAUUUGAUUCACAGUUUAUAUAUGAGAGGGAGGAACAUAUGGUGUUGCAAGGCCCAAGUGGGCAGGAGUGGGAUGUUCAAUUAUUGGGUACAAACACUACCCUGGAAUUCCGACAUGGGUGGGAAAAUUUUGUGCAUUAUCAUGGACUGAAACUGGGAGAUUUUGUUGUGUUCAAGUACAUAUCUAAGCUGUGCUUGAAGGUUCAGAUAUUUGAAAAAAGUGGAUGUGAGAAAGAUAUCAGUGCUCAGAAAACCAACAUUGAUUUAGAUGAGAGAUGCCCUGAUCAACCAAUGUUGUUGAUUUAUUUGGUUUGUGAUGAGGAAAAGAAUGAUACAGCUGAACCAGCUCCUGAAAAUCGAAGGAGGAAGAAGAAAAGGAAAUCUAAGCUUACAGGCCAUUCAUCCAAGAAAUAUGGGCACCUUUUAUCCUCUCAAAAGCACAUGGCAAUGGAGAUUGCUGCUCCUUUCAAGUCAGAUAAACCCUUCUAUAAAAAGGUUAUGAAAUCAUGGAAUGUAAAUGACCCACACAUGCUAGUGAGAUCAAAUUCUCUUCUUCUUUUUGGUUAUAUAUAUUUUAGCAUUCCAUGGAAAUAG